UUGUACAGUUCGAUCUACUGACUGUCUGAAAGCGUAUACAUUUAUGCGUGCGUGUGGUUCUCUGUACGAAUAUCGAUUGCCCUUAGCGGUCGGUGCUUGCCGCUGCUUUUUAGCUUUCCGAGCGAAUUUCAUUUGCCGAUAUUUUCUAGACAAACAGUUCUAGUCUGAGACUCGUAGUGUGAGUUGUAUUUCAAAGGUAUAAGCGCCAAGCUGCGGGAAAGUACUACGCUACCGAAGACACCCAUCAAUCGUGCAUCGCAUCCGAAACGAUACGAUCUCUAUCGAUACUUUGGCAAACAACAAAAUAAUGAAUUGCUCAUCGUUGCGUUCUGUUCAAUUCCAUUGAUUGUUGUGUUCUCGGUUUCGUCGGCGCCGCUGCCGCCGCCGCGUGUAUAUUGUACAUUCGUGUGAGUGCGUUCCUCCCGAGCGUCUGAACGGUGAUUUAACCGUGGCUGAUGUCAACCAAAAAAUUUAAAUAAAAAUAUUAAGAAAUAAAUAAAACAAUACUGAAGUGAUGUUGUUAUUCGAUGUGUUGUUGUUCUUCUUUCAGAAUCUAGUUGCUCAUGUGUAGAAUUAAGAAAAGAAAAAGUCCACAAGAAACGGAAGAGCACUGUGUAUACAAAAGAAGCCGUCCGAUUAAGAAAGCCAUAUUCAAGUCAUCUGGCGAAAAUUAUUCAAAGCCAGACGUAAAUAACUACCACAGCAAACUGCUAUCUGCUCUGUCGGUUUGUCUAGUUGUCUUAUCUGCCUGUAUAUGCCAUCUACGUUCUGUGUGAAUAUCUCUAUUAGAAUCUUAAGUGUUGUUGUUGUUGAUGUUGGCGCGCAGUGCUAAUCAAAAGCACAAAUAUUCCACGGUGAAUUCAACAGAUAAAUAUUAAUUAAAUACCACCCACCCAAACCCACAAGACGAAGAGUCCGGAAAAGUGUUGAGGUAACAGCUGUAAUGAACGGUGCUUUUUAGAGUCUCUGAAAUCGUCCGUGGCAAAGUUACAGUGACAUUAAAUUCAAUAGUGUUCUCUGUGCAAAAUCGAUAGACCAGCCAUUCGUAAAUAUUUGAUAUUCUCUCAGUGACAACUCCAACGUAGUUAACAAAGCUGAUGUAAAUUCCACAACUCCUCACGACUGCUUAUAUCUAAACACAUACAUUGAAGAAAUCCUAAAUACUUAGACACCCCAACGGAGUGGGUGGAUCUUUGGCCCUGUUAUUUGGAAUAUUGUAAUUGUGGGGAAACUCUGUGAAUAAUCAUGGGCAGCUUAAAUGGCGAUGUUGUUGUCAUGCGCAAUGGACGGUCAACUAGUCAAGUUUCGAUAUACAAUUACCCAGAACACUUAAACCCUUUCUAUGAAGAAGAUCAACACAAACGUCUGCGCUUUUGGAAAAUCUCUAAAAAGGAUGGUGAAACUCGACGAAACAGUUUUUCUAUAGGCAAUCUUAGGGAUAUAUGGGCUUUUAAACCAUUUCGUUUGAAAAAGAAAUCUUCAACUUUGGGCAUCAACAAAACAUCUGAGAGUCCUCCACCUUUGCGCAGAGAGUAUGUUAUUGACAACGGUUGGAAUUCUUUUGAUCAUCGCUUACGCGCCAGCAAUACAUCAUCCAUAAAUGGUGACAGCUUUCAAAGAAAUGCUGGUUACAGAAGUUCCCUUCAGAAUUUACCAUCCAAUGAUCGUAUUGGCCUCAAUCGCAACGAUGAUUACCGCAGCACCAUUCAAGUACCAAGAGCCUAUCCACGUUUCCAUCAUCAACAGAAACCCCAGGUGCAACCAAGAAGAUCAUCCCAGAGCAGUAUGGCUAGCACGAACCCAUUCGAAUCGGACAUGGAUGAUGACAAUGACGAUACCAACACCAUGAGAAGUAUGAUUGGCGGCUCCUCAUCGACGCUCUCAAAGUCGACGCCGCGUAAAAAACGCCGUGCACCAGCUCCACCCACACCCGUACGAGGUCGCUCAGAUAGAGCCGUAACUCCCACAAUUGUAAUCGAAUCUAGUCAAGAUGAUACGCCAAAUGAAUUAUGCAUAAGAGAAGAUACGGAUAUCGCAAAUCUUACGGCAGAAAUAGAAAGUUUUGUUAAAAACACAAGCAACGAUGAUAUUGAAACGUCUAUGGUGAUAGUUGAAAAAAAAGUUCCAAAGUCAACUGGAACGGAAACAACAAUGGAACCGAGUGCUAAAGAAGCUCUAAAAACAACAACAACUUCUGCUAGUAAAACCGCCGAUGAUGCAAAGGGUGCAAUUAACAGUGAACGGGAAGAAAUUACCCCACCAAAGGAAAACUCAAGACAAGAGCCUUUAUCAUCCGAUCCAUUAAAGGAGGCAACACAUAUCGAGAUCGAAACUACAACUUCGUCAAAAAAAUCAACGCUUACGUCACCCACUUCCGAUCGGGAACAAAAACGCCAUGAAAAUGUUAAAGAAAUUGUACAAGUGAACACGGAAACAGUUGCUAAUUCUAGCCACGACAAACCAAAGAUUACCGAAACAAUGACAGUAACAAAGGUAACAAAAACUUCGAAAGCUUCAGAAUCAAAGGCACCAGUAAAUGACCAGACAUCCACUUCCACAAAGGGUGUUAAGGAAAUUAUAUCUAACGGAGCAAUACCAAAGAGAUCCAAUGCCAAUCAAUUAUCCGCUCAGAAGGCAGGCAUGGAUAACGUUGAGCUCAGUAUCGAAGAGAAUAGAAGCCAACAACAGAACAUUUCCUCAUCAGUGAAUUGUGGCCCGAAACAGGAAAAAGAAGUGGGUCAUGUUGAAUGCAUUCAUGUGCACGUGGAAAGUCCCAGACCAACAGCACGUGAAAAUCAUGUCAAUAAAGUUUCAAGUUUUAAAAAUGAACCCAUUGCUGAAGUCAUAACUACGAAGACUCCAUUUAUACUUACAAGCCCUCCUAGGCAGAGGAAAGUGGUACAAGAAAAUAAUCAGACUAAAGAAACCGCGAAAUUGUUGCAAAGUCCCAAAUCAAUGGUCACCCAUGAGUUGCAGAUACAAGAGGAGCGGGUGAAACCCAAACCGGAAGUAAUGGAAAAACCUACGCUUUCCCCAAAACCCAUUGUGGAGAGAAAGAACAACGAACACUUGUUUGCGGAGAUACACAAGCCCACAAGAAAUAAGAUUUCACACUCCUCAACAAGCAGUGUUCAUGCAAGGCGGACAUCUCGCGAUGAGAUUGUGAUUCCACCAACAGUACCUCGCCAACAAUUAGAGGAGCCACCAGCCUCAUCGGUAUCGAACUCAACGAACGUAGACCAAGCAGCAGCAGUGGAUCCAAAGAAAUCAGAGUCAUUAACAACGAAUCUGAAAAUCGAGGAGUCCUUAGAGGCGUCAGCUAAUGGACAUGUGAACAACACUCCUGAGUUUAUCCCGCACUUGUCUCCCGAACCACAAGUCUCUUCAUCUGUACCACACAGCACUGUGGACAUUGAUGGAAACAGUGCAAAUGCCCAUUUCGAUCCGUUGUAUCGUCCGCAGACACAUAUGGAGUGGAAGCGCUCUACUUUGGCGCCUUUAGAAACGAAUAUACCACCCGAAAAGCGAAAGUCAGUCAAAGACAUCAUAGAGUCAAUCAAUCGCAGUCAACGUCUACUGCAUGCUGCGGCCAAUAAGGACUUUACCAUUGUGCCAGCCUUGCCUUCUCCAAGUGGUGAGAAUGGCGAUGAAAAUCAAAGAAUAUUGGAGGAAAGUCAGAGGGAAAUCAGACGAAUGGUCUACCAAAUUGACCAUUUAGAGGAUAACUGUAGCGGAUCAGAAGCCGUCUCAAAUGGAGCGAUGGCAUUGUCUGCAUCCCCACCUCCGAGCUAUAGUGAAUGUGUUGGCGCCCAAAAACCAGACAACAGUGAAAUCUUCCAAAAAUGCAAAGUCCAAAAGGACGUAUACGACUAUCGGGAGUCAUCACCCAUUUCAUCGAAUUUGGAUUGGAAUCCUGUGCCAAAACCCAAGCGUACUAAACCCCAGUACGAGUAACUCGAACCCAACACAACAACGAAACGACACGAAUCGCUUUGGGUCGCAUAACUUAAGAAAACUCGUUCAGUCUCAAAAAAUCACUAAAUGCUUUUUUGUUUUCGAUCCAAAAGAUUUCAUAUUUUUUUUUUUCUAGAUUUUAAAAAUAAAUAUAUACCAAAUAUGCAAUGUUUUUUGUACGUGUUCGUGUGUUCGAAAACAACGCACUUGAACACAUCAUUAGCAAUUAACAGUCGGGAUUUAAAUGCAAUAUAUUCAAAUAUCUGUAUCUAUACCCUUAUUCAAUGUGAUCCUUUACUAAUGAUAAAUCAAUAAAUAAAUAAAUAGCGUGCUUCAGCAUAAACAUAAA